CACACCUCUACCACUCCGGGUGCGCGUGUGCGAGCGAGUGUGCGCGUGUACAUGCAUGAGUGCGCGAGUGCGUGCGCGCGCGCGUGUCUGUGUGUAGUUUAGCGCGAGGCAGCAGGCUGGAGGCUGGCGCGCGCAUCCCGGCGAGGGAAGUGGAAGGGAAGUUUGCCGCUGUGUUCUGGUGGGAUAAAGGUGUAUGUGUGUGUGCGCGCGCGAGUGUGUGGGGAUGUAUGUGUGUGUGUGAUGAAGCCAUGCUGCUGGCCGGACACUCUGUUACCGCACGCGCCGCUCGCAUCCCGUCUGCAACACUGAGACUCAGUUGAUGUCAAUGAGAGGAGCUUCUUCACACUGCACGAGACGCUUUCCCCGGGACCCCCGAGCCUCCGCACGGCGCGCGCGAUGUCUGCCUCCCUCUGCCCGCUGCUGAUAGUGUUGGGCGUGUUACGCGUGAGUGGGCAGACAGAGAUGAAGCGAGUGGUGGGUGACAACGCCACGCUGCCAUGCCACCAUCAGCUCUGGCAAGCCGACACCUCACUGCUGGACAUCGAGUGGCUGCUGGUCAAACCCAAUGCCAAGCAGAAAGUGGUGAUCACGUACUUCGCGGGCCGCACCUAUGACCCCAACGAGGGUGAGCCAGGCCGGCUGUCACUGGCAGGAGACUAUCUGAAGGGGGAUGCUUCACUGAUGAUCAGCGACCUCUCACUCAGUGACUCGGGAGAAUACAGCUGCAAGGUCAAGAAUGGGGGGAAGUACCACUGGAACACGGUCAACCUCAUCGUGCUCGUAAAACCAUCAAAACCCCGUUGUUGGAUGGAGGGACGGCUGCUUGAGGGCAGUGACGUGAAAAUGAGCUGCAAAUCAUCGGAUGGAUCCGACCCCAUCCGUUACAAAUGGGAGAGGGUACUGGACAAGGGCAAAUACUUGGGGAAACUGCCCCCUCUCGCUCUCCUGGAUCUGAAGAACCCGGAAAUUGUGACGCUGAGGAAUUUAACCAGGGAAAGCGCAGGAGUCUACAAAUGCACAGCCAGCAACGACGUGGGGGAGGAAAGCUGCACCGUAGAGGUCAAAAUCCACUAUGUGCGAGGGAUGGGUGUGGUGGCUGGCGCCGUGGUGGGCGUGUCCUUCGGAGUCCUGCUCAUCAUCCUCAUCGUAUGGCUGGUGUUCCGCAAGAAGGAGAAGAAGAAGUACGAAGAGGAGGAGACGCCCAACGAAAUCCGGGAGGAUGCCGAAGCUCCUAAGGCGAAGCUUGUGAAGCCCAACUCCCUCUCCUCGUCUCGCUCGGGCAGCUCCCGCUCCGGGGCCUCCUCCACCCAGUCCAUGGUGCACAGCAGCGUCCCCCGGGGGCCCAAACCUCGCCCGCCGCCCCCUGCGUGCGCCACCCUCAAGGAAAACGGCCAGCCGGCCACUUUCCCCCAAGCUCCCCCCGCGUACAGCCAGGUGAACCCAACCAAAUCCAGCCCCAACCAAAACAGCCCCAAACCGAGCCCGCCUAAACUCAGCCCGGCCAACCUGGCCAGAAUGGGGGCCACGCCUGUGAUGAUCCCAGCCCAAACCAAGGCCUUCCAGACUGUCUAGAGUUACUACAGACACACAAACAAACAUACACACCACUACAUAUACAGUACAGGCCAAAAGUUUGGACACACCUUCUCUUUUUCAAUGCGUUUUCUUUUUUUGCAUGACUAUUUACAUUGUAGAUUCUCACUGAAGGCAUAAAAACUAUGAAUGAACACAUGUGGAGUUUUAUGUAUUUAAUAAAAAAGGUGAAAUACCUAAAAACAAUUUUUGGUAACCCUUUCUAUGAACCCUGUAUUCAUAAUGCAUUAUAUGGCAUGCAUAAUACCAUAUAAUGACUGUAAUAAGUCUGUAUAAUUGC